AUGUCUUCCGUCUCGACCUUACAGGAAGCCGAGGGACUAGCGAAGUUCGCGCCUGAAAGAGCAGAGGAAAUUUACAAAAAUAUCCUGUCACAGGAUGCUGGCAUGUAUAACCCUUCCAUAGUCGCAAACAUUUUCGGACUCGAACUUGAGCUUGCACUCGUUAAACUCGGAGAGCUCUAUCGGGAUCAUAGAAAGGCUCAUGAACUAUCAAUUUUAAUUCGUUCGUCGCGAUCUUUCAUGGCGUCCAUUGCGCGAGCAAAGACGGCCAAAAUAGUGAAAACUCUGAUCGACCUUUUCUCGGAAAUUCCCGAGUCAUUACCACUCCAAAUUGAAAUAUGCAAAGAGACUAUUGAUUGGAGCAUACAGGAGAAGCGCAUCUUUCUUAAACAAUCCUUGGAGACUAGAUUAGUGGCUUUAUACCUAGAUAACAAGAUGUAUCACGACGCUUUAACCCUUAUCAAUUCGCUUUUGAAAGAAUUGAAGAGAUUGGACGAUAAAAUGGUAUUAGUUGAAGUUCAACUCCUGGAAAGUAGGGUUUGCCAUGCGCUAAGGAAUUUACCAAAGUCAAGGGCAGCGCUAACGUCCGCUAGAACUUCAGCGAAUGCUAUUUAUUGUCCGCCUCUCCUACAAGCUGCGCUCGAUAUGCAGUCCGGGAUUUUACACGCUGAAGAUAAAGAUUACAAGACAGCCUACUCGUACUUCUAUGAAACUCUCGAAGGUUACUCAUCGCAAGAUGAUCCUCGAGCUAUUUUGGCUCUCAAGUACAUGUUGCUUUGUAAAAUCAUGUUGAAUUUGCCGGGAGACGUUCAUGCUAUUAUCAACGGUAAACUUGCGUUGCGAUAUGCUGGGCGUGAAGUUGAUGCCAUGAAAGCUAUAGCAACCGCGCAUCAAAAUCGCUCGCUUAACGAAUUCGAGGCUUCCCUCGCGACUUACAGUGAUGAACUGGGAAAUGACCCGAUUAUCCGGUCUCAUCUCGCCGCGCUUUAUGACACGUUACUUGAACAAAAUCUCGUACGCAUAAUAGAACCAUUUUCUAGGGUGGAGAUUUCACAUGUGGCGGAAAUGGUUAAACUUCCAACCAUUCAGGUAGAAACUAAGCUGUCUCAGAUGAUUCUGGAUGAAGUAUUUCACGGAAUUUUGGAUCAAGGGGCAGGAUGUUUGAUCGUAUUCGACGAACCCCCUCAAGAUAAAACAUACGAAGGAGCCUUAGAAACACUCAAACAAAUGGGAAAUGUUGUGGAAUCACUAUAUGAAAAGGCCGCAAAACUAUCCUAA